GUCUCUAUAUAUCUAUUUACACCCCCCGCCCCCCUCUAGAUCGAAUCCCGCGGAUUUCCGCGGGUCCUGCUAGUCUGUUAUAUAUUAAUCAUUUUUUGGCCAUCUGAUCUUGAAGACUCGAGGUGAUCACUUUUCUGUGUAUAUUGUCCGUUCAGAGUUAGAAGGGUGUAAUAACUCUUUAUUUAAAGGGAGUGUAGUUUGGCAAAUACUGGUUAAUGCCAUUUACGUCUUCUUUUGGACAACUGCACGUAAAUGAAAGGACUUUAUUAACAGUAGUCAUCGACUAAAAUCUCUAUAUGGUCAGCGUUCGGGGAACAGACAGGAGUUCUCUUCACGCUUCAGUUUCGCACAAAGUGCAUGCAUGUGAUUGCUGUGGUCAUGUCAUCGGUAGUUGUAUUAACCCCAAUUGGCCCCGAGUCAGGCCACUGGAAAGACACGUAGUCUCAUCAGUCUACACUUCCUUUAAGUAUGCAAGCUGACACUCUUCUGGCUCCAAACAGACAAUUUAUGUUACAGCUUGUUCUGCAUCAUUGUAAUUGAGUGCCUUCAUCACCCUGCUUGCUUGAUAAUAUUCUCGCUUCUUUCUCACUUUUUUCAGUAACGAAGCAGAAAGACUCAGACAACGAUCAACAAAGCUUGUUAUUCCAGUCGUCUUACAGUAGCUGGUGUGCAGCAAUAAUGAAUAAGGACACUUCAUCCAGAAGUUCUCAGAGAUCUGAUCGUAAACUCCCAGCCCGAUACCGUGAUGACUCUAUAGAAGUAACAACAAACGUACUGCAAAGGACGAGUACCAUUUCACAGAGUGGAAAAUCACAAGGUAAAGAAUAUGCAUCAGCCCAUGAAUCCAUUAAUGAUAUUUCCUCAAGUAAAAAUCCUGAAAACAGCCACAAUAGUGAAGUACUAUCAAAAAGGGUGCUUAAGGUAAAAUGCAAAACUGAUGUUGUGCGCUGUGAUGAUGUUAGCGUGAAGCGAAUUCUAUCAGGAAAUGGAGCUGUCAAACUACAACCUAAGCAAAACAGAAAACCAAAAUCAAAAGAGGAGAUUGGUACAACACGGGAUGAGGAUUUAUCUAGUAAGAUGGACAGUAAAACCACCAAAAAAGUGCUCCGAUGUGAGACUUGUUGCCGUACAUUUACCAGGCAGAGCAGUUUGCAGCGGCAUGUGCAAGCAGCUACUUGUUGGAAACGCUUAGCAGCAGAAGCUGACAUGGGAGAAGAAAAUCGGGACACUGGAGAACAAAUGCUUGAGGGUGCACAUCCUAGAAAAGGAAGAAUUGUUUGUAAAAUUUGUGAAAACAGCUUUGUAGACAAGUAUACAUUUUUGGUGCAUCGCCGCACACAUACAGGGGAGCGACCGUACCAUUGCACUCUCUGUGACAAGAAGUUCUCUCAACGAAGCACAUUACAAUUCCAUGUGGACACACAUUCUGGUCAAAAGCAUGAGUGCUCAAUUUGUGGCUACAAGUUUACCCAGGCAAGAAGUCUUAAGAGACACAUGUAUUUUCACACAGGGAAUAAAGAAAUGAAGAGAAAUUUGGUCAACCGGGACUUUCACAAAAUUCUUGUUGAGGUUGAGAAACCUGAGAGGAAAGAAUUUGAACUUUGUGACAAAGAGAAGGUGGUUAUGGAAAUGUACGAAUGUGAAUUCUGUAAGAAAUAUUUCAAAAGGGUUGCUGAACUAAGAGUGCAUUUACGUGUUCAUACAAAUGAGCGUCCUUUUAGCUGUACAACUUGUGGGAAAUCUUUCAAGCAGCUGUGUCAUUUGAAUGGUCAUCAGAAAACCCAUGAGAAAUCAGAAACCUUUUCAUGUGCGGAUUGUGGAAGUCAGUUUACUCGGGCUAAGAGUCUUCAAAGGCAUCAAGCUUUCAAGAUGUGUUCAGGAGGAAAAGUGUUAUGUAGGAAAAGAGGAAGGCCUCAAAAGAUUAUUAUUAUUGAUCAGGAACAUGAUGAGGGCAAGAUGGAAGCCACAGAUGAGGUUAAUAUACAUGUAGAUGUAACUGAUGGUACUACUGCACAUCAAGUUUUAGAGAAUGUAUAUGAGUGUGCCAAUGAUAUCAAAUCUUCAGAAGACAGAAGUGAAUCUCUUGGGAAUGGACCUAUUGGUAAUACAGAUGGACAGUGUGAACAGGAACUGUGUGGAAAGGCCCUCGUAGGCAUGAACAAUUUCAUGCCUCACAAACGUACACAUGGUACAAAAAAGGCUUUUACUUGUAAUGUGUGCAGUAAGAAUUUUAGGUUGUUGAACUGUUUGAAUGAGCACUUAAAAACUCAUUCACAAGAUAAGCCAUAUUCUUGUGAGAACUGUAACAAAAGGUUCAAAACGCUGCGGUGCCUGCUGAAUCAUGCAGGGAGGAACUGUUGUACUGGCCGUCGUCCAUUUAUAUGCGAUACUUGCGGUAAGUCAUAUAUGUAUUCAAGAUAUCUGAAGACCCAUCGAUGUCACAAUACACCAGUCAAGGUGUAUUCAUGUAGUGAUUGCGGGAGGAUGUAUAGGCGACGAGACCGCCUAAUUGAGCACAUGCGUAUACAUACAGGAGAGAGACCUUUUAUCUGCAAUGAGUGUGACAAAACAUUUGCCAAAAUUGCAAAUUUUAGGUUGCACCAGCGUGUUCACACAGGUGAAAAGAAAUAUGAAUGCUCACAUUGCAGGAAGCGCUUUGCCCACAAUAGUACACUCCGAUAUCAUGAGAGCACCCACAAAACUGAAAAAGCCUUCCCAUGUGACCAGUGUCAUCGGCAGUUCCCACGGUUAAAAGCUCUUCAAACCCAUAAGCAAGUUGCUCACAAUCAUGGUGUCACAGGGAACAGGUAUUUGUGUGCAAAUUGUGGUAAGGUUUAUCAGCAUCUGAAAAGACUAUUGAAGCAUCACUGUGAGGCAACCAGCGGUAAACGUUUCUUGUGUGGAGUGUGUUUUAAGCAUUUUGACAGGGAGAAGCAGUUGGAGAUUCAUAUGCGGGUACAUACAGGGGAGAAGCCCUUUAAAUGUGAGAAAUGUGAGAAAGGAUUCUCUCAGUCAGGAGGCCUCAAAGAUCACAUGGUCUGCCAUAAUCGUGUAAAGAAGUUUCAAUGCGACCUUUGUGACGUUAAGUUUUUGCGAAUGAAAAGUUUACGCAAGCAUAAACUUAUCAUCCAUACUGGCGUUGAACCACAGAUCUGCAAACUCUGUGGAGCAACUUUCAAGUACUACAAGGCCUUGAAGAAGCAUGAGGCUGUCCAUGAAACUGAGCAGAAGACCUUUACAGAUAUCCUGGAAGACAUUGAACAAGCCAUUAACAGUGCAUCAACUCAGGUGGAAAAGUCAAACGAGGCUGCUGUUGUCCAGGAGGUUAGUGAAGUCGAUCAUAUGGAUCAGGUGGCUGAAGUGGUGAUCCAGGAUGAUGGAACUUGCCAAGAAGUCAUCAUAACAGAUCAUCCUGGAGAUGGCCAUGUAUUUCACUUGUUGCAAGACCCAGAGCAGCUGGAGAUUGACCAGAGCAUCCAUGAGAUCCAGAUUCAGGCUCAGCUGGAAGAAGAGGAAGAGAGUACUCAUCAGGUUUUAACAUCUGAUGUUGCAUCAGUAGACCACCAUGAAGAAGUUGUUUCUGCUCCCUAAUAAAUGGUGAAUCAAUCUUUGUGAUGGUCCUUUGCAUUUAAAAUCUAUUUGAUAUGCGGACAAGUAUCUAGAAUUUUGUCUAAAUACAAUAAUGUUUUUAAAAAAAUCAAAGAUUUUGUAAUACAGUAUUAUUGAAUGCUCAGGGGAAAGAGGGGCCCAAGUCAAUCAAAUAAGAAAUUAAUUAAGAAAAAAAGAAAGAUAUGUUAUUACUUUAAGAGACAAUAUGUUUUCAUUUCCAGGUACCUUUAAUUCAUGAUCAUACUUUGUCUAAUGAAUAAUGAUAAUGAUGAUAAUGAUAACAAUGAUAAUAGUUAUGAUAAUCAUAGUAUUAAUCAUUGUUAUUAUUAUUAUUAUCAUUAUUUAUAAUAUAUAAGAUUUUAAGUUCCCAAUUCCACUGUAAAUAAAAUGCAUGAGGCACAUUAGUGUGAAAGAUGAUGUCACAUGAAACUUUAAACAAAUGAAAGCACCUUACACAAAAAUACAAUGUGAGUAGGAUAGAACAUGAAAAAGGAAGAACAAUUAAAACCUCAAUCACUCUUGCACGGUUGGAGCAGUUUUGGCUAGAGUGGUCAAAUGUGAUUGUGAAUACGAAACUGUGCCUUGAAGUGUACCUCUGGACCAGUUCACUUGCUAGACCACUGUAUCCUGCAGUGUGACAUAUUAAACAUGAUAGAAGAGGAGAUGAAAGGAGAGAGAAACAAAGGUUAAUAUAAAAGAGAUACAAACUUCACUUACAGUAAGUGAUCUGCUAGUGAAGGGAGAGUAUUCAACGAUGGAAGGUUCUGCAUUAGUGAAUCCCCCCCCCC